UCACGCAGAUAAAUGUAGCACAUUCGAAUAGUACGGAGUUACUGAAUGUUUACGAUGUGAAAUCUGUCUGAAUUUUUAUUUCCUCCUCUUCCUUUUAGUUGGAUGAUUAUUGAGUACAUUUUAGAUGUUCCUUUGUAUUUUAAACAGUUGAAAUUCGGACCAUGUUUAAGUGUAUUCCUCUGUUUAAAGCUUGCAACCGGCAAGUGGAUUACAUUGACAGAAGACACUGCAGUUUAACAGACGUUCCCGAUGAUGUUUUGCGGUAUACCCGGAGUUUAGAGGAACUUUUACUAGAUGCUAAUCAACUGAAGGAUUUACCCAAGGGGUUCUUUCGUCUUGUUCAACUCAGGAAAUUGAGUCUAAGUGAUAAUGAGAUCGCCAGGCUGCCACCAGAGGUGGCUAACCUCGUCAACCUUAUGGAAAUGGACAUUAGCAGGAACGAUAUCGGUGAUAUCCCAGAGAACAUCAAGUUUUUGAAAAAUCUGCAGGUUUUGGAUAUCAGCAGUAACCCUCUAACAAAACUUCCAGAAGGGUUCACUCAGCUGAGGAAUCUCACUCAUCUCGGACUCAAUGAUAUUUCUCUCAUGAGGCUUCCACCAGAUAUUGGAAGCUUGACAAACUUGGUUUCGCUGGAGCUGCGUGAGAACAUGAUCCAGUUCCUUCCUCAGUCCAUGUCACUGCUGGUCAAGCUGGAGAUUCUGGACCUGGGCAGUAACAACAUUAAAGAGUUGCCUGAAAUAAUUGGAAGCCUCCCUAGCUUACAGGAAUUGUGGCUGGAUUGUAAUGAGUUACAAGACUUGCCACCAGAAAUCGGCAACCUCAGAAAGCUGACCCAGAUAGAUGUCUCUGAGAACCAGCUAACCUACAUCCCUGACGAAAUCUGCGGACUUCAGAAUCUGACAGAUCUGUGCUUAUCCCAAAAUGACCUGGAAGAUAUUCCGGAGGGAAUCGGUUCACUUAAAAAACUCUCUAUUCUGAAGCUGGAUCAGAACAAAUUGGGUUUUCUUCCCCAGGAAAUAGGAAAUUGUGAAAGCUUGACAGAGUUAAUUCUUACAGAAAAUUAUUUAGAGGAACUGCCAUCAACAAUAGGAAGACUUAGGCUUUUAUCCAACUUAAAUGUAGAUAGAAAUCAGCUGAAGGAAAUCCCUGUGGAGAUUGGACAGUGUGUGCGGCUGAAUGUGGUGUCCCUCAGAGACAACCGCCUGCUGAGGCUGCCGCAGGAGUUAGGUAACCUGAAGGAGCUCCACGUGCUGGAUGUGUCCGGCAACAAGUUAGAGUAUCUACCCAUCACAAUCACCAAUCUCCACCUGAAUGCCUUGUGGCUCUCGGAGAAUCAAGCCAAACCCAUGUUAAAAUUUCAGACAGAUUUUGACGACAGAACGGGGCAGCACGUCUUGACGUGUUUCCUGUUGCCUCAGCAAGGUUUUCACACAGAGAGCAUGGAGAACCUUCUGAAGGGCAGUAUAGCUACGGACCGCGACAGCAGGCUCAGCUACAGCGUAGACCGAGAGAAUAUGUUAAAUGGCAGCACAACCACAGAUCAGGAUAGUCGCCUGAACUAUAAACUAGAUCGAGAUGUGCCUGACCACGCGGCGGUCGAUUCGGAGGAGCCUGUCAGACAGAGAGACAGCGUCAUCACAUGGAGCGUCCCCGCCGAGUCGGACAGUGACGGCGAGGGUGAUGGGAAAUUUCUGCGUCAGAACACCCCCCACCCUGCUGACCUCAAGCGGCGCCACCCCAAAUACCAGAAGAUCAAGGCGGGCAUCGACGGACACAUCAUCCCCCACCAGGAGAAGAAGCAGGAAGAUGUUGGGUUUGUUCCCCGGAGAGACCCUCAGUAUCAGGAGAUUGAGAUCCCACCCCCAGAUAAAGACUACAUAGCCCAGCAUGCUCAGCCCAGACCUGAGAAGAAGACAGUGACUCUGAUUGAUGAGCCCGCUACCAUCAGAACUCCAGAACUAGAGGGUCCCCCGAGACAGGAGAACCAGCACCAGGAGGUAAGCUCCGAGGAGGAGUCGCCCUCAGAGACCCAGCCUCUCUUUAAGGAGGUGUCCAUCGACCCAACCGUCGUCACCUACGUACCAACCUCACCCCGAGUUAAUGGUCAUGAGGAGUCGGACGUCUCCGACACGGAGCGACCAACAGUAGAGGAGAUCAUUGUCAAAUCAGAAAUGCCAGACUCGGAUGAGGAAGAAGAAAGGCGACGGGUUGGAUUUGAUAGCUCUGCAGACGAUGACGAGAAACAUACCCCCAGACUCCGUAGGAGAGACACUCCAUUUUACAAGAGGGACAAGAGAAUCGAUCGGGACAAGAGUGAGGAGGCCAAAGAGGAGGUGAUGAGGAUACUGGCUGCUAAGAAGAAGCAGGAGGAGGAGCAGCCGUCUAGAGAUGAGGAAGAGGAGGAGGAAGAUGAGGAUGAAGAAGAUGAGGAGGAGGAAGAAUUAGAAGUGCCAGAGGAGGAAACAUACGAGCAGAAUCGUGUUGGUCAGCUGGAGCUCACGAUGGAGUCACAGCCUGACUACGAAGAGGAGGAGCUCACAAUUAACAUAACACGACAGCCUGGCCAGGGGCUGGGCAUCAGUAUCGCAGGGGGCAAAGGCUCCACUCCAUUCAAGGGCAACGACGAGGGCGUGUUUAUAUCAAGAGUGUCUGAGGAUGGUCCAGCAGGCAAGGCAGGAGUCCUCGUCGGGGAUAAACUUCUUUCGGUGAAUGGAGAGAGCCUGGUAGGAGCCGAUCAUUAUGAUGCCGUGGAUGUGUUAAAGACCGCAGGGAAUAACAUUGUGAUGGUGCUAGGGAGGGAGAAAGUUCAGAAGUUUGAGGAGGAGGAGGAAGAGGAAGAGCCAGGGAAGGAAGAGAACAGCAAUACUGGUUUCGCUACAGUCACUUUUGAAUCUGAGCCAGGCAUGGUCAUCUUUGGAGAGACCAUUGUCACCACUCUGAAGAGAGAUCAGACCGGGCUUGGUUUCAGUAUUGCUGGAGGGAGAGGUUCCGUCCCCUUCAAAGGAAACAAUCAGCAUAUCUAUGAGUUCUUAGAGGCCAUUUACAUUUCGCGCAUCGUAGAUGGCGGUGCAGCACAGAUUGAUGGUAAACUGAAAGUAGGAGACCGCAUCAUAUCAAUCAAUGAAGUGGACCUUCAGGAUGCCAGACAUGAUCAGGCUGUAGCAUUGUUAACAGGAAUAGAUAAGGAGAUCAGGCUCGUUGUGUAUCGUGAAAAAGUGGUCUCACCGGACGAGGCAGAAAAAGAGCCCCCUAGUGGACAGAAACUGGAGAGUCUGACUCAACCACUGAUAACGUGGAAUGAGAAACCGCCUACCACGAAGCCGCCACCUGUCCCGGUGGAAACCCCAGUGGAGACUAACUCAGUGGAGAAGAGUCCCUCCGUCAGCCCCAGUCCUUUCAGUGCGGCUGUACCCUCAUCUUAUACAUAUCCUUCGCCACCAUCUCUAGGCUCCUCCUUCUCUUCCCAGCAUUCUCCAAACCCCGCCUCCCCACAGAACAGUCCAAGGAUAUCCUCGGACUGGAACACACCCCCAACCACCUCUGUUCGACCCCCGACCUUUGUGUAUCCGGGUUUUAAUCGGACUUCUACCCCCAGUGUGUCGUCAUCAUCAAGUGCGCAAAAAACUUCUGAUAUCAAGAAGGAAUCUGCCCCGUCUGCAUAUUCACAAAUAAAACUACCGUCAUCCAUGAUAGUAAAACCAAACAGUAUCAAAAGUGACACAGAGACCCCUCAUGACAGCAAAACUGUGAUGGAUUCCUCAAAUGACACUAGUAAAACAACAAACUCAGUGGACACCAAUAGUUCUGUGGAAAAUCAUAUAGGUGAUGGGGAUAGUAGUGUAGAUUCUAAGUUCCCCAUUGAAGUAGUGACAAUUGUCAAAGCGGGUGGCCCACUAGGCCUCAGUAUAGUGGGAGGGAGCGAUCACUCGAGUCAUCCGUUUGGAAUGGAGGAGCCUGGAGUGUUUGUGUCCAAGAUAGUUCCCGACGGAGCAGCUUCCAAAACUAAACUGAAGAUUGGAGACCGGAUUCUGUCGGUCAACAAUCGGGACGUCACGAGUGCCACUCAUCAGGAGGCAGUAAUGCUGCUGAUUUCACCCACAUAUGAGAUCAAUCUCAAAGUUCGACACGACCCCCCGCCCCCAGGACUCAAGGAACUCAUAGUUGAAAAAGGUCCAGGGGAGAAAUUAGGGAUGAGCAUUAAGGGUGGAGUAAAGAGUUAUGCUGCAAAUCCCAAAGACAGGACUGAUGAAGGCAUAUUUAUCUCAAGGAUUAACAGUGAUGGGGCAGUGGCUAGAGAUGGCAGACUAGAGGUCGGACAGAGAAUUCUGGAGGUGAACGGCACCAGUUUAAUAGGAGCCACCCACCAAGAGGCUGUCCGCGCCCUCAGGAGCGUCAGUGACCAGAUGUUCAUCAUGGUCUGUGAUGGCUUUGACCCCGCCCUAGAUGUCCAAUCGCCAGACUCCCCUAAUGCCCCUAUGCCCCCAAACAGGGGAAGGGGGGACUCCAUCUCCAGCAUAGACAGAGAUGGGGACGAUCUCGUAAUUAUUCAAAAGGAACAGGAAGCUACUGAAGAAGCCAAAAAGUGGGAGGAGGAAGAGGCGGAGCAUAGGAGGCAGCAAACACAUGAGAAAAUUCCAGAAACUUUGGAAAAUGAGCACACAGGAAAUGCAGUCCAACAGAAUUCUAUUGAAAACCAAGUGCCUCCUGAAACACAUGUGAAGGUUGCUCCAGUGCUGCCUGCUAAGCCAGCCGUUCCACCCAAGCGACCCCCAGUACCACCCAAGCCAUCGUACAUUGCUCGGCCUGAGAGCUUGGAGGACCUGGGGCCUCCCCCCAAACCCCCACUCCCAGCCAAACCCGAGCUGGUGAGUCCACUCAGUCCGGUGGACCCCAUCAAACAAGCCAGAAUGCCCUCCGGUGGUAAAAAGCUGGACUCCCCUCAGAAGCAGUCCAAAAUCCCAGUGGCCAAACCUGCUGUACCCCCCAAGACUUCACAACUGACCAAUGCCACACCAAAGAAAGAUAUCCUGUCUUUCAAUGAUAAGAUGCAGUUUUUUGAGAAGGAAAUUCAUGAACACACUGUUGAUUCAACAGGAGAUCCAUCGGUCCAGAACCGAAAUCAGAGUUCUUGUAUCGUAAGAACGGCCAAAGCCGAGAAACGGCUGCAGGAACGCCUGAUUAAGGAGGGUCUGCUGGAUAAAUCGGCAAUAAGCCCGGCCCAACAAAGGGAGCUAGAGGCCGAGAAACGGGCCGCGUGGCGGCAAGCCAGGAUGAAGUCAUUGGAGGUGGACGCCAUGAAGGCCCAAGCUGUGAUAGGAUUGGCCAAGGAGAUGCAUGAGAAAUCCCGCCUGCCGACCGUGCCAGACUCCGCAACUACAGAUGAUGAGAAUGCAGUAAAGCACAGUGCAAAUGGAGAACAAGAGUGUCCCCGCAGCCCCUAUCAGAACAAAAAACUCAUAGUCCAGACUAAGGAAGGGGAGACUCGGGUACAGGAGAAAUCUCGAGUGCUUGACGAGAAGUGUCACCUCAAAACAGUCGAGUUUGUGGACGAGGCGACGGGGCAGGUGUCGCUCCGAACCGUUCAAGUCAUUGAGAAAACGAUAGAACACGAGGUGGAGGUCACUAAAGAGAACAUCAUAGAACUCAAUCUAGAGGAUGAAUCUAACCAAGACACAGGCUAGUGAUGGCUGAAACUAGGAGUAGAGUGAAUACCUUAAUGUUGCUCAGACACAAGGUUCACAAGAUGCCAAAGAUCCAACAUGCCACCCUUACCACCCCCAUCAGGUCCAAGUACACCAGAUGGGGAAACAGCAUCCAGACUAGUCAACUGACUUGGUGGGGGGAGAUAGGCUAGCACUGGACAUUCCACCUUGUACCGUUUACACAACACCCAAACACUGGUCGAUCUUGUGUGGACUACUUCUUGAGGCUGAUGUGUCUGAUGUGUGACUUUGAAUGUGCUUUAGUGCCAGGAUUUUUUACAGCAAGUUUCCCCCCAACUUUCUUGUUCUUCAUUGCAACUGUUUUAUUUAUUUAUCCUGUAGUGGACCCUUUUUAUGUAUGUUGAUAUUUUGACUCCAACCUAUAUGGAACCAAGUUCAUUAAACCCAAGACUUAAGGACAAAAAGCCUGUGCCCCCAUAACAUAGGUAGAUCUGGAUACAAGAUUUUAUGUGCAUCGUCUAUGGCUUUGUCGGAUUUUUUUUCUCUCAUUCUUUGUAUAUUGUGGUACAAUUUGCGUUCGUGUCUGCCAUAUGUUUACAGAGGUUCAAUUUUAUCGUAUCAUAGUUAUGAAUUCAGUUUUUAAAGAAGUUUACAUACUGAUGCAAAAUUUUAAGCAUGUUUUUUUUAAUCACAUUGGGAGAAUUUUUAGAAUGAAAAAUCUGUUUUAUCCUGCUAUACCUCAUUUCAAACAGUGGAAGUGCCUGCAAUGUAUUCUUAUGUAGUUACAUUUCUUAAGGAUUUCGUCAUGCCCCUGUCAAAAGAUUUUUAACUUUGUUGGCAAGUUAAUACAUUUUCUUAAUACUUUAUGAAACAGAAAUUUUUUAUUUAUAGUUUGUUAACUUUAUUUCUAUAUAGAAAAUUUUUAUUUUGCUUUUGUAGGAUAUUUUAGUGGGAUAAAAUUUUAUUUUAGUCUGUACUCCUUUGGAAAGUUGAAUUUAUACAGAAUUGUCUAAGGCAAUAUUGCUCCAGGUGAACCUGAAUUGACUUUUGAAAUGCUUACACCAACUUAUAUACAUGUAACUGGUUAUAUUAUGAAUUAUUCUAGUUGGUACAUAUUUUCUACCCUUUGGAGCAACAUGGUUUGCCCUGUUUACAAAUUGUUAUCCACAUGUGUAUUUGUUAAAUUAUCCAACAUCUAUAUUUUCUAGUCUUCAUUGGAAAGCGGUCCUAGAAUUUUAUACAUGUUAACAUACUGUUGUUAUGGUAACCAGUCCAGAGGUGAUGAUUAAUUAGUUAUAUCAUUCAUGUGUAGAAAAAAUAAUAUAUUGGUGCAUAAUGAACUUUAAGUAUAAAUGUGUCAAUGUAUUCAAGGAGUUUGUGUUGACCUUGAGAGGAGGUCACUGGGAGGUCAGCCUUGACCAUAAAAAGGAGAUUGCUGACUUAGAAAGAGGUCAUUGGAAGGUCAGCCAAUUCCUGUGUGUCAGAAGGUCAGGUGAAGGACACAGGUGCAAUGUAUAGCCAUACUAUCAUAGCAUAUGAAGGGGAUGGGGGAUUUAUUCAUUGAGUUUACAAGUAGAGUAUUACCCAAUGGUUACAGGAAAAUAACCAGCCAAUUUCAUGACGUAUAGAGACCAAGGCUCUACUUAAUAUAGGUCUUGGAUUGUCUGAAUAGACAGUGUAAUCUUUGUGUAUAUUUUAAUGGUCAUAUCAAAUGAAAAUAUCUUAAUAUAUACUUAUUUACUAAUGCUAACAGAUAAUAGAAUUCACAGGUACACAAAAAUUCAAAACCUUGUACCCUACUUGUUGAUUUGUGUGAACAUACAAACUAGUGUUAUAAUUUAACACCUGUCAGAAUUCCUGAUUUUGAUCAGUAUUUAUGUGUGUCUCUGUAUCAUAAUGUUUUCAUUAAGGACACAAUUUUUGAUUUAUGCAUAUUGUACAAACUGUCUGUAUUAUACAUUUUGAUGUACAAUGCUGAUCUAUAUGUACAGAUUUUGAUUUAUACCUGUAGUUUACCUACAUUUGAUCAUGGUUUGUUUUUAGACUUUUCAGUAAUGCCUACAAACUUUAAUUUAAGGAAAUUUUAUAUGAAGAAUUAAGAUACAUGUAAUUUUUACUUUCAUUUGCUUUUUACAAACCUUCAUGUUUUAAUUUUUAAAAUAAGUUUUAUGAAGAACAAAUAUAUUUAACAAUUGUGGGGCAUUGUUUAAUAAUUAUAUUUUAAAAUCAUGUAGAAAUAAUGCCUAGCUUAUUUCUCAACAACAUAAUUGUUAACAAUUAAUACAGACUGAUUAAUAACAUGUGCGAUACUUAUAAAUAUUCAUGGUUACACAACUUCGUAUUAAAAUUGCUGAAGCUGUUA